AUGUACCUGGACGGCUACGGACACUGUCACGGUCCGGUGCCUUUCGAUCUGUUUGUAUCCAGGCAUGUUCCUGAGGCACCCGCUACGCCGGUAGGUGAACAUGAUGUCCGAAACGUCAAGAACGAAAAGGCGCUGCGUGCGGCGUUGAGCAAGGACAUAGAGGGCCUGUUGCAGAACAUCGAACCAGUGGUCGAUACUAGCAACUGUCCCGAUAGCCAGUCAGCUAAAAGAGACAACAUCGGGUCGGAUUUCAUACUGUACGACGUCACCGUCGACCCGAAGACCGGCAGGACACAGCUCAACCAGAUGCAUCCGGUUGCGGCGGACAAGCCCCAGAUCGACCCCUUCAACGACGACGCGCCCCCAGGCAACUUCGAGCCCCCACCCGACAACCCCCACAGCGCAUCCGCCAGCCAGAUCCUGCUCCACGCCGAAGAAACACACGCCCGCCAGCCCCGCGUCCACUCCUUCUCCCUCCUCCUCACCAGCGCCUACAUCCGCCUCAUCCGCGCAGACAGGGACGGGCUGCUCGUCACCGAAAAGCGCUCUUGGAAAGAGGCGGACGCAGCGCUGGGUCACAACUGCCUCGCCGAGUUCCUCCGCCGCUUCGACGCCCUCCCCCUCGCGCUCAAAGGCUUCGACACGACCGUCCGCCCCGUGCAGCCGGAGAACAAGGCGCACGACAUCCGUGCCCGCCAGGCGCUCCAGAAGUACGUCCCCGCAGACCAGCGGAACAAGCCCAUCCUCGAGAUGGACGUACCAUUCCCGACGCACGGCCUCCGCACGUUCUACAUCUGGGCCCUAUCCCCGCCUCCCCGCGGCCCCCUCCGCACCCGCGCGACGCGCGCCUUCCCCGCCUGGGACCCCUCGAGCGCGGAAACCGUCUUCAUCAAGGACUGCUGGCGCUCCGCCGCCCCGCCCGCACGGCCGGAGGCAGACGUCAUCCGCGCACUCAAUGCGAAGGGCGUACCGAACAUACCGCAGCUCGUCUGUGGGGGCGACGUGCCGGGCCAGGCGACCGCGACGCACGAGUACGUGGACGAGCCGUGGAACAGGGGGCGCCGGGCUGAUGUCGCGUGUCACCCGCGCGUGCACCAUCGGCUCGCGGAAACGUUGGGGGUCCCUCUCUGGCUGUGCAGGUCGGAAAAGCACCUGCUUGAGAUCCUGCUGGACGCGCUUCAAGGCCACCGGGGCGCCGUCACAGAGUGCCGGAUACUCCACCGGGACCUCAGCGCGCGCAACAUCGUCUGGGACGAGCGCACAGGACGCGGCUUCCUCGUCGACUGGGACCUCUGCGCCCCCAUGCCCCCAUCUUCCUCUACACCCGAUCCCUCCAUCAACAUGCUCGCCCAACAACCCGACGAUUCCGACCGCACGGGCACCUGGGACUUCAUGUCCAUCGGACAGCUGCAGAUCCCCAGCAAGCUGCAUGACGUCCAGGACGACCUCGAGGCGGUCUUCUGGGUGGGCGUGUACAUCAUCGUCCUCUACUUCCCCUUCGACCGCGCGCACGCGCUGUACAUCCUCGACAGCGUGUUCUCGUCCGCCUCCCGCGUGGACUCCGUUCCGUUCGGCGGGGGCGAUAAACGGAGCUUCCUCGCGGACCCGGACAUUUUCGGCUUCGCGCUUCCUGAGACGCCUCUGCUCAGGGAAUGGUUCGAGAUGUAUCGAGGGAUGCUCCGGGAAUGGGUCGAGUACCAGGACAAGCUGCGACGCUGGACGCACAUCCAGAAACAACUGGCCGAACACUCUGAGCCAGGCGCAACACCUGGUCACGACGACGCCAACGACGCCGACGACUCCGACGAUGAGCCGCCACCCAAGAUCAGCCAGCCACGCGCCCCCGCUCUGCGCGACUACACAAGACUAGAGAAGCGAUGGACGAAGCUUCUCGCGAAACGGUCGUUCAAAGACCACGGCCGCCUCGAUGAUGAGUUGCAUAUGCGCCCCCCGGAAGAGGUCAUCGCGGCGUACAGGAAGAUGAACGAAGCAGAGAAGUUGACAGGGCUGACCUCCGACGGCGGUGAGCUGCAGUCCCGCUCGCAGAGCAUGACUCUCCGUACUUCAGCCAUGAUCGACUCGGGGAGGGCGGACUAUAUCGUGGAGGCUGGGGCGGACGGCAUAGUGGACGAAGCGGUCAAUUCCGGCACGGGCAUCGAGGUGGACAAAGGGAGGGGCGAAGAAGUCGAACGUGCGUCCAAGAGGCAGAAGACUUCGUAGACACACCCCAAGCCCUCGACUCUAUGCUUCUAAAGUCUGGGCAAAGCGUGGCAAGGGCGGUCAUGUAACGGCUGAGCGCUGAAUAUCCUACACUUGUUAAGUGUCACAAAGUGUACGUAUCGUUGCGACUAAUACCUGGUUAGCAUAUUUAGAUGGUAGUUGUACGCUACGAGUCCCA